CGGACAUUCUGUGUAUCCUCCUUCACUGCCGCGAGGUUCUCAACCUUUGAUAUAGUAGGCCGACAAGAAACGUAUUGGUGUACCGGUUGCAAAAAUGCUGUGCGCAAUUUCUGGGACACCACCCGAGGUGCCUGUGGUAUCACGAAAGACUGGCAAUGUGUAUGAGAAGCGCCUCAUCGAAGCCUACAUCAACGAGAAUGGCACAGAACCGAUUACCGGAGAGGCUCUCUCUGCAGAAGACCUCCUCGAAAUCAGAACACAGCCAACCGUCAUUCCUCGGCCUCCACAAGUGACCUCAAUACCCGCCAUGCUCUCUAUGUUCCAAAACGAGUGGGAUUCUAUGGCUCUGCAAGUGUACAAACUCCAACAAGAUCUGAAACAAGCUCGGCAGGAACUCAGUGUUGCCUUGUAUCAGCAUGAUGCCGCCGUAAGGGUUAUCGCACAAGUAGCCUCAGAACGUGAUGAAGCAAGGACGGCUUUGGCGAAGGUCAGCGUUAAUCGCGGAGGUCCAACUGGUACAAAUGGCGAUGCCAUGCAGGUGGACAGUACGCCACUGCCGGCGCCCAUCAUGGAAAAGAUUGACAAUGAACAGCAAAGACUGUCAAAGACCCGACGGAAGCGACCAGUCCCGGAAGAGUGGGCCACCGCAGAAUCGAUUUCGACGUACGCACCACUAUCGUCUUCUGAACCCCUGUAUCCUGGGGGAACAGUGUUGGCUGUCCACGAGUCUGGAGAUUUGGCUCUUGUUGCAGGGCGUGAUGCAACAGCCGGAGUGUUUUCCCUUUCCCAGAACCGAGUACUGCAGCCGCUCAAAGGCGGACAAGGAUCAAUUACCAGCGGUCUCUGGGCGCAGGACAAAGCCGUCAUUGCCACCUCUACGGGAGUGGUCAAGGUCUUUGAGGCAGAAAAGGAGGUGUCUUCGUUUUCGGUGCAUGGUGGUCCAGUCAAUGCGGUCGCGUUGCAUGCCAGUAGCACUAUUCUUGCGUCAGUUGGCGCCGACAAGACAUAUGCACUUUACGAUCUGGAAUCAAGCCAGCUGCUUACACAAGUCCAGACCGAUUCAGCCUUGACAUGCGCGCAAUUCCACCCUGAUGGCCAUUUGUUGGCUGCAGGCGCAGUGGACGGUCAAAUCAAGAUCUUCGACGUCAAAUCCGGCACACAAGCAGCAACAUUCGAUCUUGGAGCGCCAGUGAAAUGUCUUUUCUUCUCUGAGAACGGCACUUGGCUAGCAGGGGUGACGGAGGGUUCAUCAUCAAUCUCGGUCUGGGACUUGAGAAAGGCUGCUGAGAUCAAGAGUAUCGAGACUGGCAGUCCAGUUAAUUCUAUCAGCUGGGACUACACUGGCCAAUUUCUGGCCUCGGCAGGGUCCGGUGGUAUCAGUGUGGAGCAAUAUUCGAAGGCCUCGAAGGAGUGGUCGGAGGUGUUCAAGUCCGGAACUCCUGCGACAAGGAUUGCAUGGGGCAAAGACGCUCAGCAGUUGUUCAGUCUGAAUGAGCAAGGAGUUCUCACCAGCUUCGGCACAUUCAAGCAGGAAUGAAGAUAUUUGGGCUGGAAUGUACAACAGGAUAUGCAAAAAGUUGCUUUGAUACCCAGUCAUUGACACGGAUGUUACUCUGGUACGGCUGGUUGACUGCUGCAUUGAUAUUGUAUGGAUGCACAUACAUUUUCACCCUUGGAUCGGAUGUGAGAUAGAAUGACCAGCAUAAACGAUGCUGGACAAAGCAACCCCAGUGCUCCACC